AGUGAUCCAAAAUGGCUUAAAAACUUGACCAUGUUAAAGAGUGUGUGUACAUGAAAAUCUAUUUGUUUGUUUGAGCAUAUAAAAAUAUAUAUUGGACAAAAAUCUAGUGCCUUAACAAAAUAAUAAAAUAAGAGAAAAAAGGUUCCAUUUUCAUUGAUGACGUAGCUUCUUCUGAAUUUUCUCUGGCAUUUGCUUUCAUUAAAUUUGCUAAGACUUGGCAGGCAAUGCCUACAAGAAUAGUCCUCAUUGGAGUGGCUCAAAAAUGGUGAUGGAGACAGAGAGAAAAGCUGGAGCUUUGGUGUUUGCUGUUAACGGUGAGCGGUUUGAGCUUCCAACAGUCGAUCCUUCAACCACUUUGCUCGAGUUCUUGCGUUCACGAACUCCCUUCAAAAGUGUCAAGCUCAGUUGUGGUGAAGGAGGUUGUGGUGCCUGUGUUGUGCUGCUGUCCAAGUACGACCCUGUACUUGACAAAGUUGAGGAUUGUACUAUAAGUUCAUGUUUGACACUGCUAUGCAAUAUCAAUAGAUGUUCAAUUACAACAUCUGAAGGCAUUGGAAAUAGCAAAGAUGGGUUCCACCCCAUUCACCAAAGAUUCGCUGGUUUUCAUGCUUCCCAAUGUGGCUUUUGUACUCCUGGGAUCUGUGUUUCACUCUUUGGGGCUCUUGUCAAUGCUGAGAAAAGCAACCGGUUGGAGCCACCUCCAGGGUUCUCCAAGCUUACUGUUUCUGAAGCAGAAAAGGCCGUUGCAGGGAACCUCUGUCGCUGUACUGGUUACCGACCAAUUGCUGAUGCCUGCAAGAGUCUUGCAGCCGAUGUUGAUAUUGAGGAUUUGGGGUUCAACUCCUUCUGGAGAAAGGAAGACAGCAAAGAAGUAAAGAAAAGCAAAUUACCUUUGUACAACUGUAAUAAUGAGGUCUGUACAUUUCCGGAGUUCUUGAAGAAGGAAAUAAGGUCUGGCAUGUAUUUGGAUUCUGAAAGAUAUAAUUGGUACAGUCCUGCUAGUGUUGGGGAGCUUCAAAACUUGUUGAAAGUUAAUAAAGGGACUGAGAUGAAGAUAGUUGUUAGUAACACAGGGAUGGGUUAUUACAAGGAACUAGAACGAUAUGAAACAUAUAUUGAUUUGAAACAUAUACCUGAGCUAUCAAUACUUAGGAUUGAUCAAACAGGAGUUGAGAUUGGAGCAACUGUAACAAUCUCCAAAGUGAUUGAAGCUUUGACGAAAGAGAGACAGCAUGACUUUCACUCAAGAGAUGAGAUUGUGUUCAGAAAAAUUGCCAGCCAUAUGGAGAAAGUUGCUUCAGAGUUCAUUAGAAAUACUGCUAGUGUGGGAGGAAAUUUGGUGAUGGCACAAAGGAAAGGUUUUCCUUCGGAUAUCGCUACCAUACUUCUUGCUGUUGAUUCAGUGGUAGAUAUAAUGAGUGGUCACCAAUUCGAAAGAAUUACAUUGGAGGAGUUUCUGCUAAGGCCUCCAUUAGAUAUUAAUAAUGUGCUUUUAAGUGUUAAAAUCCCAUCAGUUAGGAAAGCUUUUCCAGAAACCAAUACCAUCUUGCUCUUUGAAACAUAUCGUGCUGCACCCCGACCUUUAGGAAAAGCAUUGGCUUUUUUGAAUGCUGCCUUCUUGGCUGAAGUUUCUCCUUGUGAGACUUCUGAUGGAAUCUUGGUGAAUCAAUGUCAGUUGGCUUUUGGUGCUUAUGGGACGAAACAUGCUAUUAGGGCAAGAAGGGUUGAGGAAUUUUUAAGCGGAAAAAUUCUAAAUGCUGAGGUUUUAUAUGAAGCUAUCAAAUUGGUUAGAGCCACUGUAGUUCCUGAAGAUGGCACUGCAAAUCCUGCUUACAGGUCAAGCUUGGCUAGUGGCUUUCUUUUUGAGUUCUUUAGCUCCUUGCUAGAUAGAGGUGCUGAAAUAACCACUAGUUUCUUGAAUGGAUGUAAAAGCACUUCAUUGGUCAAACACUCUAAACUAGGACAGAAUAAUGACCAAUUUUAUUCCAACAAGUCUCCAACGUUGAUAUCAUCUGCAAGGCAGGUUGUCGAGUUAAGCAAAAGUUACCAUCCAGUUGGUGAGCCAGUCACAAAAUCUGGAGCAGCCAUCCAAGCUUCAGGUGAGGCUAUAUAUGUAGAUGACAUUCCUUCACCAACUAAUUGCUUACAUGGAGCAUUCAUUUAUAGCGCAAAACCUCUAGCACAGGUGAAGAGCAUAAACGUCAACUCAAAACCACAUUUAGAUGGAGUUGCAGCAGUUAUAUCUCAUAAAGACAUUCCUGAAGUUGGGGAGAAUAUCGGAUCAAGUUUUAUGUUUGGUACUGAACCUUUGUUUGCUGAUGAUCUUACUCAGUGUGCUGGUCAGCGUCUUGCCCUUGUGGUUGCAGAUACACAGAAAAACGCAGAUAGGGCAGCACUCAGUGCUGUGGUUACAUAUGGAAUGGAAGAUCUAGAACCACCAAUAUUAUCCGUAGAAGAGGCUGUUAAAAGGUCUAGUUUCUUUGAGGUCCCUUCUUUCAUUGACCCAAAACCAGUUGGUGAUAUAUCAAAAGGAAUGGCUGAUGCUGAUCACAAGAUUGUGUCUGCCGAGAUCAAACUUGGUUCUCAAUACUAUUUCUAUAUGGAGACACAAGCUGCUCUUGCAGUACCAGAUGAAGACAACUGCAUUGUGGUUUACAGUUCAACUCAGUGUCCUGAGUACGCACACAGUGUUAUUGCAAGGUGUCUGGGUAUUCCUGAACAUAAUGUUCGUGUUCUUACAAGAAGAGCUGGCGGUGCCUUUGGUGGAAAGACUGUACCUUCCCUACCUGUAGCAACAGCAUGUGCACUUGCAGCACACAAAUUACACCGCCCUGUCCGGAUAUAUCUCAAUCGCAAGACUGACAUGAUAACAACAGGAGGGAGGCAUCCCAUGAAAAUCACUUACACUGUUGGAUUCAAGUCUGAUGGAAAGGUUACAGCUUUACAACUAGAAAUAUUGAUUGAUGCUGGGAUUGCGCCAGAUAUGAGUCCAAUGAUGCCACAUACGAUAAUGAGUGCACUUCAGAAGUACGAUUGGGGUGCUCUCUCUUUUGACAUAAAAGUAUGCAAAACGAACAAUGUAAGUAAGUCUGCAAUGCGAGCACCUGGGGAUGUACAGGGAUCAUUUAUUGCUGAAGCUAUAAUCGAACAUGUGGCAUCCACCCUUUCAUUAGAAGUUGAUUCUGUAAGAAGUCUAAAUCUUCAUAAAUACAACAGCCUUAAAUCAUUCUAUCAGGAUAGUGCUGGUGAACCUUUAGAGUAUGCUUUACCCUCAAUAUGGGAUAAAUUGGCCAUGUCUUCAAGAUUUAAUCAAAGGAUUGAAAUGGUUAAAAAAUUUAAUGGGGAGCAUAAAUGGAAAAAAAGGGGAAUUUCUCGGGUACCUAUUAUAUUUGGUGUGAGAGUGAGACCAACUCCAGGGAGGGUAAGCAUACUAAAGGAUGGAUCUAUUGUUGUUGAAGUUGGGGGGAUUGAGAUAGGCCAAGGGCUGUGGACAAAGGUAAAACAGAUAACAGCUUUUGGACUCAAUUCAAUCCUUGGUAGCGAAGAUGGAGACCUCUUGGACAGAGUGCGGGUCAUACAAGCUGAUACAUUAAGCUUAAUUCAAGGGGGCGUCACUGGUGGGAGCACUACAUCAGAGUCAAGCUGUGAGGCAGUUAGAUUGUGUUGUAAUAUUCUGGUUGAGAGGCUGACUCCUUUCAAGGAGAGGUUGCAGGAGCAAAUGGGACCUAUCAAAUGGGAGGCUCUUAUUUCUUUGGCACACUUGCAAUCUGUGAACUUAGCAGCAAGUUCUUUCUAUAUUCCUGAUGCAGCAUCAAGUUUAUACCUGAAUUAUGGUGCAGCAGUGAGUGAGGUUGAGGUAAAUCUUCUGACUGGAGAAACCACAAUGUUGCAAGUGGAUAUUAUCUAUGACUGUGGACAGAGUCUCAACCCUGCUGUUGAUUUAGGACAGAUUGAGGGAGGUUUUGUUCAAGGAAUUGGGUUUUUCAUGUCUGAAGAAUGGCUGACAAAUUCUGAUGGAUUGUUGGUUACAGACAGUACCUGGACAUAUAAGAUUCCUUCAAUGGACACCAUACCAAAACAGUUCAAUGUCGAAAUACUAAACAGCAGCCAUAAUGAAAAACGUGUUCUUUCUUCAAAAGCUUCUGGUGAGCCACCACUACUGCUAGCAGUUUCAGUUCAUUGUGCGACAAGAGCUGCUAUUAAAGAGGCUAGAAAACAGCUUCUUUCAUGGAGCAGCCUUGAUGAGUAUAAGUCAAUAUUCCAAUUGGACGUUCCUGCUACCUUUCCCGUUGUGAAGGAGCUCUGUGGACUUGACGCUGUGGAGAAGUACUUGGAAUGGAGUUUAGGAAAGAACAUGUGAAGGAGCUUUGUGGUGUGGGAUGCAGACAGAAACUUCAAAUUUUUAUUCUACUCAAUGUCCAAAAAACGGUUUGAACUUUGAAUAAAUCCAUUCUAUAGAAAAUCAUAUUCUCGUUUUCUUUUCUACUAUAGCCUUUUCUUUUUACCGAGUUGCAAAUAAUAUGACAUUAUUUUAUUGCUUGUUAUGAAUUUCCUUUAUCCAUUUAUAAGUUCAUUUGU